GUACCGUAAACAUAGUGGGAAGGAAGUGUGUGGGUGAUUUGCACCGAUUUGACUAUUGAAGCAAACUUUCUCAGCAAACGAUGCAAUAAGAAAACAUAUGUCAAAUUUGUUAGAACCUAAUGAAGGAUACAACGACACUCAGUACGAAAUUACAACGUUACACUGGACAAUUUGUAUGGAUCUGAAAAGGCAAAACAUUCUAUAUUCUUGCUAGAUAGCAAACCAACGCUGACAAAGCCCAUUUUCCUUUUUCAACUCAGUUAGUCGGACUACCGAAAUGUCAACCAGCAAAGAACAAGUAGCUAUAAGUGAAGUAAUGGCUUUCCUUCGGGAAUGGGAUCAGGGUAAUAAAACUGUGCGGAGUCGCAUGCUUACUGAGUUUUUAAGUCAGCAUCAAGGUAAAACCUGUCCCGAACUGGAACUGGAAUUUGCGCAGGUGGCCAGUUUAUUUCUGGCAAGACUCACGGCCUGGCUGAGACUGACAUACAUGUUUGGAACCUGUUUAGGACUACAGCUAAAAGCAGUGGGUGUCUUCCUCUCUGCAUCAAGCAACCAUCGAUAUCUGAUUGAGUUCCUGGAGGUUGGUGGGGUCCUGACCCUUCUGGAGAUCUUGGGUCAGUCCAACACCCAAGAGGAAGACAAAGCUGAGGCGCUGCAUCUGCUCCAGAUAGUUUCCAAGGCUGGGCGCAGGUAUAAAGAACUUAUCUGUGAGAGCUAUGGGGUGAAAGCCAUCGCUGAAUGCCUGGCCACACUGCAGGCCGAGAGCACCCAGGAAACAGCUCAGGCGCUCCUGGAGUCCCUGGCUCACGGCAACCCCAAGUACCAGAACCAAGUGUACAAGGGCCUGAUCGCCCUGCUACCCUGCUGCUCCCCAAAGACUCAGCAGCUGGUGCUUCACACCCUCCGCAUUGCACAGGACAUUGUAAAGGUGUCCUACCCAAGCAUCGUUGAGCCAGUGCUGAACUCCCUUAGGUCUUUGCACCUUGAAGUGCAACAUGAAGCUUUGGAGCUGAUUGUACAACUGAAGGAGUAUGAGGUGAAGCCAGCUCUUCUUAAGGGCCUGGUGGCUCUGCUGAAGCCUGUCAAGGAAGGAGUGCAGAAAUACAAGAUCCUCGAAGAUCCUGAAAUGAUGAAGAUGACAGACUCCUUACCGCUGUUCGUCCAGCAAGCUGCAUCAGCCAAAGCCAUUAGGAUGCUGGCCCAGGACAGUAGGGAGCUGUCUUUCGAGCUGAUCCAUCUGAGGGUAGUGCACCACCUGCUGUACGCCAUGGGCAACCAGAGCCACGCCGACGCACAGAGACAAGCCAGUCUAACCCUGGAGCACUUUGUCCGCACCUACCCACUGGUGAAGGAUCGCGUCAGUAAGGCUAUGGGCAAAGACCUUUUUCAAUUGUUUAUGUCCGACACUGAGAUGCUGUACAUGAAGAUGGAUGAUAUCCAAGCUGACAUUUUACAGUCCAACAAAGUCAACAUACCUGAGGCUAUGGCAAAGAUUAUAGAAGAUAAAAGAGUCGCCAGGAACCUCUUUUUAAACAAUUUUAACAUGAGUAGGCUCAGAUCAGCCCUGCAGAAGGGCAAGAAGGUGGCCACAGCGGAGAACACAGAUAGGCCUACUGUGCAAAGAAGUAAAAGAAAAGUGACUCCAGUCAAAGAGGAACCGACAGAUGUGGACUCCUCUACUUACCAUUACUUCUACAACGCAGAAGACAUUGGGUUGUUCAGGUCCCAACUUCUCCAAUGGUACGACGAAACCAAGAGGGAACUGCCCUGGAGAACGGUGGCAAUGACCGAGCAGGAUAUUGAUGUAAGAACAUAUGCAGUAUGGGUCUCAGAAAUCAUGCUGCAGCAAACUCAGGUAGCCACUGUGAUCGACUACUACAACAAGUGGAUGAAGAAGUGGCCCACUGUGGAGAAGCUUGCUGCCGCUACACUGGAGGAGGUGAACCAGAUGUGGGCUGGGCUUGGAUACUAUUCUCGAGGGAGAAGACUACACGAGGGAGCUCAAAAGGUGGUUUCUGAGCUGGGGGGAGAGAUACCCCGGACCACCGAGAUGCUCCUGAAGCAACUGCCUGGGGUGGGACGCUACACGGCCGGGGCCAUCGGCUCCAUUGCACUGGGACAGGUGACUGGUGUAGUUGACGGAAAUGUCAUUCGGGUCUUGUGCCGUGCUCGGGCCAUUGGGGCAGACAGCACCAGUCCAGCUGUCACAGAAGCAUUAUGGAAGAUCGCUGAUACGCUAGUUGAUCCACAAAGGCCUGGAGACUUCAACCAGGCUAUGAUGGAGCUUGGCGCUCGCGUCUGUACUCCUAAAAAUGCACUAUGCAAUCAGUGUCCUGUGAAAUCCCAUUGCCAUGCCUUCAAGAAGGUCAGUGUCAAACAAGAAAAAGAAUGCAGGGCACUCCAGAGUAAAUUGGAUCCAGAGGUCAAUGGCUCUAUUCCAGAUAUUGAAAACUGUGUAACCUCUGGGACCUGUGCACUCUGCUUGUCGGAGCCUUGGGAUGCUCAGCUGGGGGUGCAGAACUACCCACGGAAGCCUGUGAAGAAAGCAGCCCGCGUGGAGCGGACCCUGGUCUGCGUGCUGGAGCGGGACGGGGCAGGAGAGGAAAAGGAAUACCUUCUCACACAAAGACCUAAUAAAGGGUUGUUGGCUGGGAUGUGGGAAUUACCAGGAGUGCUUACAGAGGAGGGAGCUUCAGCAGCGAAGCAGAAGAAGGCUCUGUGUGCAGAGAUGGGGAAGACACUGGGAGUACAGCUGGACAAGCAGCCUCUGGAGUUUGUUGGAGAGGUGAUUCAUAUUUUUUCACACAUCCACCAAACCUAUGUGGUGCACAGUAUGGUGCUACCUGCUGAUACAGACAUGGAGGACAAGACAACCUUGCAAUGGCUAACCAGCUCAGCCUUAGGAGAGGCCGCCGUCUCAACAGGAGUCAAGAAGAUCAUGAAGCUGUAUGAAUCAAAGAAGAACCCUAAGGAGGACAGUACCAAGAUGAAGAAGCGAAAAGGGCUAGAGGCGAAGAGCGACAAGAAACCCAAGAAGUCAAAGGACAGCAGUGGAGGAGGGAAACAGCUGUGCCUGACCAAGUUUUUCACAACCUCAAAAUCAAACUAAUGGAGAAACACAUUUACAAUCCCUUCCAGCCAGCUGCUGCUGACAGAUAUAUGAAGAGCAAAGUUGAAUAUGGACUAAUGUUUAACUGGCGUACCUGGAUUCACCCACUGCUGCUGUGGUGUGGCCUUAUCUAUAAAGGUCAUGCCAAAUGAACUUGAAGCACACUGUACACGUCUCAGAUCCAUUACAUGUCUCGUUUAUGUUUUUGCUGAGGGAAAAGAAUAAGCCCCACUGCCCUUAUUUUACCCAGUAUAAUGUGUUUUUUUUUUUGUUUUGUUUUUUUUAACGUUUUGGAGACUUGUUUUUAUUCACUCUUGCAUGAUUACCAUAAUAACCACAUUUAUCAUGAUAGACUGUAGAACAGUAUAUUAAAAAAAAAAGUAUCAAUAAUAACCCCUGUUCAUUUCAUUGGAGAUAGCAAUUGCACUGAGCCAUUUCAUUGAAAUGUCAAUUAAUAGUGAUGUACACUACUAAGGCAGUUUAGCCUAUGUGCUGGAUUAAUCAAUCCUGAGGUUCACAUUCACAUUGUGCUGUGUGUACUGGAGUUUGAGGUGGCUAUAUUGACUUGACGUGAUGUGAGGUACAGGCUUGAAGUGUAUAGUUGUUAGAAAGUAUUAUUGAAGGAAAUU